AUGAAUAAUGCAAAAGAUAAUGUUCCUCUUGAGAAGGCUCCGUAUGUUCUUGUUACCGAUAUUACGGAUGCCUUGAUCAAUUAUCUUGCCACAGAUCAGAACACGUCAGAAGAACCUCUACGGAAACGUCAGAAACUAACAACAGGAUCGAAAUUGGAAUCAUCGAAUGAUGCUAUUUUUCGAGAUUACAUCACAGUCAAACAAGCUUCGCUGGAAGUCAGAUGUCUUCGAUCAAAGUUGUCGUUAGACUGCACCACCUUGAAUAGGCAGAAGAUUCGUUUUACUAGCCACUGGGGCCGUCAGGGUAGCAACCGCGAGCCAUCUAAUAUCAUCCUUCGAGAUGACAACCACAACUCCUUGCUCACCAUACCGUUAUCACUCGAAAAUACGUCGAUGAAUGUUCAAAAUUCCUUCGAUGACGUGCUCAUCUGUCUGAUGGUUGAUCGAGAUUCCAAAAAGCGUGCCCAACAAUCAAGUAAGUUGUGGACAGAGGCCGGAAUAAGUGUGUACAAAAUGGAUGAUUCGGAUUAUGUUCGGAUUGAUUUUACUAUUAAAUGGGAGGUUACAACCAAUCGAAAAUCUAUCCAGCCUAAAAAGACGGAUGCUCUGAUGAAGGUAUUAAACACUUACUUUCCCGAUCCAAACAGCACGAGCUUGGAACCGCUCUCUGCGCAGGACUUUUAUCAAUCUGCAUACUCUCCAGAUCCGGAUGAUGAAAUUGCUGCCUCGAUCGAAACGCCGGGAUUGGAAUCAACUCUCUAUCCGUUCCAAAAGCGGGCUGUUCAAUGGAUGCUUCGUAGGGAAGGUUCUGAGUGGUCUCGCGCGGCUGGAUGUAUUGAGACAACUCAAUCCGAGGGAAUAGGCCGAAUACCGCCUUCGUUUUUCGCCGCAACAGACCUACAAGGGCGUUCUUGUUAUGUUAGCCAUUUAUUUGCAAUAGUCACCUUCGAUCUUGCUCCAUUCUUUUGGAUGGACCAGGAUAUCAAAGGUGGCAUUCUUGCAGAAGAGAUGGGCCUGGGUAAGACUGUAGAAAUGAUUGCCCUGAUGACACUUCACACCCGUCGUAAUCAAGAACCAUCGGUUAUCGAUCCGUUUUCUGGAGAGACCUUGCAGACAACACAUGCCACUCUAAUAAUAUCACCGCCUUCGAUUUCAAAACAAUGGAUCGGUGAGAUAAAGGCCCAUGCGCCAAGUCUCAAGGUUACGUAUUAUGAAGGUAUCAAGAGCCGGUCACUUCAAUAUGAAACCAUAAUCAAUGAUUUUGCCACCUCUGACAUAGUCAUUACCACGUACGCUAUACUUGCAUCAGAGAUCCACUUCACCAGUCUCAAUCCGGAGAAGACGACGCUGCGCAGCGAGUCAAGAUAUCAGAGGCCCAAAUCACCUUUAAUGAAGUUUUCGUGGUGGCGUGUAUGUCUCGAUGAAGCGCAAAUGGUUGAAAGUGGUGUUAGUAAAGCCGCAACCGUAGCAAGGAUGAUACCUCGAAUCAAUGCCUGGGCGAUCACAGGCACUCCAGUCAGGAAAAACAUCAACGACUUACUAGGAUUACUCAUUUUCUUGAAAUAUGAGCUUUUGGUCUCGGUGUGGCGAUCGCUUGUAUACUCCAAGCAGGAUUUCCACAAGCUUUUCGAGGCUAUUAGUUUGCGUCACUCAAAGCAGGAUAUUCGCGGAGAGCUUAUCUUACCCAAGCAACACCGCUUCGUAAUUACUAUUUCUUUUAACCCAAUUGAAGAGCAAUUUUACCAAGAAAUGUUUGGCAAGAUGUGUGAAGAAUCUGGAUUGGAUACCGAGGGCGAGCCUCUCAUGAAUGGCUGGGAUCCAAAAGACUAUGCUGAGGUUAUGAGACGAUGGCUUGUACGAUUGAGGCAGGCAACUAAUGCACUUCCCCCCAAACGAGCCACGAAACGAAAGAAAAUCGGAGAUGAACCAAUAGUUCAAACUGCGAGUAAGGCCCUUGAACUUAUGUUCUCGCAAACAGAUGCUGCUAUUAGAGCGAAUUCUCGAUCACUUCUUCUUUCUCAAUUAAAGAGGGGCCAAUUAUACGAAGAUUCCCCUCGCGUUCAAGAGGCUCUGGAUAUCUGGAAAGAAUGCGUCACGCUCUCCUCCACGUUUGUAGAUCAAGCUCGGGAUGAAUUAUCCGCUGAGAUAUUGUCGGAGAAGGCGAGACUGGCAUUUCAUUCAGACAGUGGUUCGGAUCCGAAAAUAGCAGAAACUCAAAGAACGAUUGCCCCGAGCGAAAUCCAGAGCAUUGAAGGCAAUGGUGAGAAAUAUCUUGAAGGGCAAGAUGGAAUGGAUCCUGCCUCACGCGUAGUGAUGAGUCGAACACGGUUGAGAGCCGCCUUGGAGCUUCAUCACAUGGGUAAAUUCUUCCUAUCAAAUGCUUACUUUCAGAUAAAGUCAAACGAGGAAAUGACAGCAGUUAAUUCCGCCGAGUUUGAAAACCUCGAUAUGCUCGAGAGACAGGGUUACGAAGAGGCUAAGGAGUUACGGCGUGAGAUACUACAAGAUGCUUUCAAGAGAACAGAUAACAUGAUGACCGCAAUUAGAAAAGAUACAGAAUCUAGUGCAGCUGUUCAGUUGCCUCAGUUCGUGUCUAGUACUCUCAAAGGGGGUCCCGAAAGCCGCCGGAUUAUGGAAGAAUUCGCAAAUCUUGGAACCAAUUUGGAUAGACAAGCACAUCAAAUUAAUGAAUGGCGAAACCACCUCAUCCAGAUCUUGUUGAGUCCAUUAGUCGACAACGAUGAUGAAGGCAUUGCCAUCAGUGGGGAUGAGUACGAUAAUUCCAUAAAAGUACAGGAAGAAGUCGUGGUAUACGUGCAAGCAUUGCGGACAAUGAUUGCCGAUCGACAGGCCUCGUUGUCUGGAGUGCAAAAUUUUCUAAUUGAUGAAGAAGCUAAAACCGCUUUCCGGGAGGCAAAACAUGGCAAAGGUCCUUUUCCAGAAAAGCUACUCGUGCUCUUUAACAUAAGAGACCUGUUUCUGCACAAGGGCAUUAGUGUGAGAGGGACUUUAUCAGAACUCCGGACGCUUAUAUCCAAGCUCAAGACAAAUCAUUUUCAAAAUGAACUCUCGGUCGUCGAAGGUCAACUGAAAUUGACCCACAACUAUCUCGCAGAUCAAACAAAAGCAACCGCAAAUCUAGAGAAGGAAAUCGGGCAGUUCACAAAGUGCAUGAAUCUUCGAGUAGAGUACUACAAACAAUUACAAGCAAUUUCAAAUCAGGUUGCCCCGUAUACAGGCCCCAAUAAUGAUGGUGUCAAGGAGUCUUUUCUACGAAAGGAGCAUGCACUCACUCAAACCAUAGCUUCGCUGAGAGCUAAGAGAAGGUAUCUAGUCCAUUUGAAAGAGGAGGUCGAAAAUCCCAAAGAUAAGCGAACGUGUGUCGUUUGCAGAGAUGGAUUUGAGCUUGGAGUUUUGACCGUUUGCGGUCAUCAAUACUGUUCCGAUUGCGCCAGAGAAUGGUGGAAAUUAUCUCAUAGAUGCCCCAUCUGUAAAGAGAUGCUAAUUUAUGAAGAGCUUCACAAUAUUAGCUACAAGCCACAUGAGCCAAUACUGACUGCCGAAACUGAGGGCAUUCGAGAACCGUUGAAGGAACGAUCAGUCAACUCGAAUUCCCCUCAAAAAUCUGCGAUCUAUUCCGAUGUCAGCAAAGCUACUCUCUCCGCCAUCAAAAGCAUUGAGUUACAAGACAACAACUCAUUUGGCACCAAAAUUGAUACUCUGGCCCGUCACAUUCUUUACCUUCGAGAAUCAGAUCCUGGCGCGAAGUCAAUCGUAUUUUCUCAGUUUACCGAGUUCCUACCGGUUAUAGCUAGCGCAUUUGAUGCAUUUCGCAUUGGUCAUUCAUCCAUUGAUAGACCUAACGGGGUUGAGAAAUUCAAAAAUGAUCCUGGCAUAGAAGUCUUCCUCUUACAUUCUCGAGCACAUAGUGCUGGAUUGACUUUAGUUAAUGCUAGUAAUAUAUUCUUUUGCGAACCGUUGUUGAACACGGCAAUCGCACUCCAAGGGGAGUCUAGAGUUCAUAGAAUAGGACAAAAGUUUGAGACCAAUAUUUGGGUAAUGGUCAUGGGCAACACUGUUGAUCAGUCAAUCUAUGAGUUAUCUGCUAGAAGAAGAUUGGAGCACCUAGGCCACGCAACCAUAUCAAAAAAGGGCAAAGGGAGAGCGGUCUCUGAUGAGGAAUCAGUAGCACAGGCUCUGGAAGAGGCCAAUAGCCUAGAGAUGCAGCAAUCAGUGCCCGGGAAUCUUCUCUUCAAAGGGCAUGAUGGUGAAGCCGUUUCGGAAAACGAUCUUUGGACCUGCUUAUUUAGUGGGAGAACGAAGCGUAGAACAGUGGAUUUGAUUGGUGGUCCUAAUAAUGAUUUGGUAAAUAUAGAAGAAUCCAAUGGGGCUAGUACGAUAGAUUGUUCGACAGCGGAGGAUGCAUAG